CGGGCGCGCUCGGCGCCCCGCUCGCAUUGUUCGGGCGACUCCCGGAGCGCGCACAGCCCGCUCGCAGCGCCUCGCGACUGCGGCCCCCGCCCGGCCCCCGCCCGGCCCCAGCGCAGGCGACUCAGAUUAAAAAGGUUAAUUGACCAAGAAACAGAGUCCCAGAAGAAGAAGGAGCAAGAAAAAGAGAAGAGGGUCACUGCCCUGAAAGAGGAGCUGACCAAACUGAAGUCUUUUGCUUUGAUGGUGGUGGACGAACAACAAAGGCUGACGGCACAGCUUGCCCUUCAAAGACAGAAAAUCCAAGAGCUAACCACUAGUGCAAAGGAAACACAUGCUAAACUAGCCCUUGCUGAAGCCAGAGUUCAGGAAGAAGAGCAGAAGGCAACCAGACUAGAGAACGAUCUGCAAACACAGACCACAAAGUUUCACCAGAACCAAGAAACAAUUAUGGCGAAGCUCACCAAUGAGGACAGCCAAAAUCGCCAGCUUCGACAAAAGCUGGCAGCACUCAGCCGGCAAAUAGAUGAGUUAGAAGAGACAAACAGAUCUUUACGAAAAGCAGAAGAGGAGCUGCAAGAUAUAAAAGAAAAAAUUAACAAGGGAGAAUAUGGAAACUCCAGUAUCAUGGCUGAGGUGGAGGAGCUCAGGAAACGUGUGCUAGAAAUGGAAGGGAAGGAUGAAGAGCUCAUAAAAAUGGAGGAGCAGUGCAGAGAUCUCAAUAAGAGGCUGGAAAAGGAAACAUCACAGAGUAAAGACUUUAAACUCGAGGUUGAAAAACUCAGUAAAAGAAUUAUGGCUCUGGAAAAAUUAGAAGAUGCUUUCAACAAAAGCAAACAAGAAUGUUACUCUCUGAAAUGUAAUUUAGAAAAAGAAAGGAUGACCACAAAGCAGUUAUCUCAGGAACUGGAGAGUUUAAAGAUAAGGAUCAAAGAGCUAGAAGCCAUUGAAAGUCGGUUGGAGAAGACAGAAUUCACCCUAAAAGAGGAUUUAACUAAACUGAAAACAUUAACUGUGAUGCUGGUAGAUGAACGGAAAACAAUGAGUGAAAAAUUAAAGCAAACUGAAGAUAAGUUACAAGCUGCUUCUUCUCAGCUUCAAGUGGAGCAAAAUAAAGUGACAACGGUUACUGAGAAGUUAAUUGAAGAAACUAAAAGGGCACUGAAGUCCAAAACUGAUGUGGAAGAAAAAAUGUACAGUGUAACGAAAGAGAGAGAUGAUCUAAAAAACAAACUGAAAGCGGAAGAAGAGAAAGGAAAUGAUCUCCUGUCCAAAGUUAACAUGUUGAAAAACAGGCUUCAAUCAUUGGAAGCAAUUGAGAAAGAUUUCCUAAAAAACAAAUUAAAUCAAGAUUCUGGUAAAUCCACAAUAGCAUUACACCAAGAGAACAAUAAGAUUAAAGAGCUCUCUCAAGAAGUGGAAAGACUGAAACUGAAGUUAAAGGAUAUGAAAUCCAUUGAGGAUGACCUCAUGAAAACUGAAGAUGAGUAUGAGACUCUAGAACGAAGGUAUGCUAAUGAACGAGACAAAGCUCAAUUUUUAUCUGAAGAGCUGGAACAUGUUAAAAUGGAACUUGCCAAAUACAAGUUAGCAGAAAAGACAGAGUCCAGUCAUGAACAAUGGCUUUUCAAAAGGCUUCAGGAAGAAGAAGCUAAAUCAGGUCACCUCUCAAGAGAAGUGGAUGCACUGAAAGAGAAAAUUCAUGAAUACAUGGCAACUGAGGACCUGAUAUGUCUCCUCCAGGGAGAUCAUUCAGUUCUGCAAAAGAAACUCAGUCAACAAGAAAACAGGAACAGAGAUUUAGGAAGAGAGAUUGAAAACCUCACUAAAGAGUUAGAGCGGUACCGUCAUUUCAGUAAGAGCCUCCGGCCCAGUCUCAAUGGAAGAAGAAUCUCUGACCCUCAAGUAUUUUCUAAAGAAGUUCAAACAGAAGCAGUAGACAAUGAGCCACCUGAUUACAAGAGUCUCAUUCCUCUGGAACGAGCAGUCAUCAACGGUCAGUUAUAUGAGGAGAGUGAGGACCAGAAUGAGGACCCUAAUGAUGAGGAGUCUGCGCUGUCCUUCAAAUGCAACUCAUCUACCCCCUGUCCUGUUAACAGGAAGCUAUGGAUUCCUUGGAUGAAGUCCAAGGAGGGCCAUCCUCAGAAUGGAAAAAUACAAACUAAACCCAAUGGCAACUUCGUGCAACCUGGAGAUCUAGUCCUAAGCCACACACCUGGGCAGCCACUGCAUAUAAAGGUUACUCCGGACCAUGUCCAAAACACAGCCACUCUUGAAAUCACAAGUCCGACCACAGAGAGUCCUCACUCUUACACAAGCACUGCAGUGAUACCAAACUGUGGCACCCCAAAGCAAAGGAUAACCAUUCUCCAAAAUGCCUCCAUAACUCCAGCGAAAUCAAAAACCUCUGCUGAAGGCCUUAUGAAUUUAGAGCAAGGCAUGUCCCCAAUUACCAUGGCAACCUUUGCCAGGGCACAGACCCCAGAGUCUUGUGGUUCCAUAACUCCAGAAAGGACAAUGUCACCUAUUCAGGUUUUGUCUAUUUCUGGUGCAGCUAGCUCCCCUGAGCAGGGACGCUCUCCAGAGCCGAUAGAAAUCAGUGCCAAGCACGCGAUUUUCAGAGUCUCCCCUGAUCGGCAGUCAUCAUGGCAGUUUCAGCGUUCAAACAGUAACAGUUCAAGUGUGAUAACUACUGAGGAUAAUAAAAUCCACAUUCACUUAGGAAGUCCUUACAUGCAAGCCGUAGCUAGCUCCGUGAGACCUGCCAGCCCUUCAGCAUCACUGCAGGAUAACCGAACUCAAAACUUAACUAAUGGGGCACUAAACAAAACAACCAAUAAAGUCACCAGCAGUAUUACUAUCACACCAACAGCCACACCUCUUCCUCGACAAUCACAAAUUACAGUAAGUAAUAUAUAUAACUGACCACCCUCCCUUAUUUGGUUUAUACCGAUAUUAUUGCAAGGAACUCAGUCCUUUUUAAUUAUCCCUCCACAUCCCUCAAAAGACUGACUGAACUUGUACUUUGGGAAGGUUUAUGCAUGAACUGUCCAAGAGUAUCUGAAACUAACUGUUGCCUGCAUAGUCAUAUCAAGCGUGCACUUACUGUAUAUUUUUUCAUUUACAUACCUGUAUGGAAAAUAUUUAGUCUGCACUUGUAUAAAUACAUCUCUAUGUAUUUCAUUUUCCAUAACUCACAUUAAUUUGACUGCAACUUGUCUUGGUGAAAUACUUUAACAUUAUAAAGCAGUAAAUAAUUUGUUAUUUUUA